AUGCUUCUAUCUGCCCGCAGUCUUGGGAUUUACUCAAUCUUGUCCCCAAACGAAAAGCCAUCAAAGUCGACUCACAACGGAUCUGAAGGCCGCGAUACCAAUGUGGAUCCUAUCGUCAGUGGUCUUCUCAUCCCGGGUCUGACUCAUGCUUUACUUGCAAUUGCACUGGAGCUGCGACACCACAGCUUGCCACCCUCCGAAGUUGAGCAUGCUCGUCUCAACAAAGACUCGCUCAGGACAAGUUCCCUUGCGCACAUACCCAACCUCUCUUGGCAGUAUCAACCACACAUCUCCGACGCUAUAUCCCUUCUAUUUCUCAGCUUUACAUGGUGCUUUGAUAAGAAUCUAAGUGAAAUUUCUUUACGCUGGAAUUCUCUGGCCCGAGUCAUUCUUACGGAUGCUACUCGUAACCACACAACAGAUGUGCCUGCGGUUCGAUGGCUUGAGCAACAGUUUGUCUUCCUUUCUAUCAAGAAAACCAACGAAGGGCAAAUUGUGCAGUGA